AUGCCUAAAUCUCCGUGGAGUGAAGCUAUUAGGCCUGCUGUCUGGAUCAAAAACCAAGCCCCUACCAAGGCAUUACAAGGCAAAACACUAUGCACAGCAUAUAUCAAAACCGUUGACACAGGCAAAUUAGACCCACAUGCAAAGGCUGGUAAAUGGAUUGGAUUUGAUGAUGAGUCAAAAGGGCACAGAAUACACUGGCCAGAACUACGCACCAUAAGUGUCAAAUACAACAUCAUUUUUAAUCCACAGGAGCGUCUUAUCCCAUCCCAAAAUGCCAAAAACAACAAUGGCCGUAUAUUUGAAGAAUUAACAACUGACUCUACAAACAAACCUCAUCCAAUCCAACCAAAUGGCAUCCAUCACAAUCCUGUUGCCCAGCCACCUCUAAACGACCUUCAGCCUCCUUAUCCAGCUGUCCUUGACCCUCCUCAACCUCUAGAACCCGAUCCUGCACCUGGAGAACAACCGGGAAGAGGAGAACCAAAGCCUGCGGGCUUCUACAAGGUGUCACGACUUGAACCACAAGCGCUAAUUUGA